UAUAGUGUAGGUUCGGCUUAGUUACUAAUGUGAAUGUGCUAAUAAAAUUAAAAAUAUACAAAUGGGAACGAUAAAAAAACAUUUUGCAAUGCAUGUGUAACUGUUGCACUUUUGCAUUUUUAUUAGAAAAAUAAAGCGAACAGAAGAAUCUAUACGUAUUAUAUUGAACAAGCUUACUAUUAAAAUUUAAGUACCUCCAUUAUGGGAUCAUAUAUUUUUAGAUUAGUAGUAGAAGGAAGAAAUGGAAUUUAUUUGGAAAUUAAGGAUUUUUGAUUAACCACAAAUGGCAACAUUUUUCCCAAAGAUAUUUAAAAUAACUAGGACAAUAAUUCCAAAAAAAGAAAUUCUAUUGAAAGUCCUUGCUAAAGACAGAUUUGGUUCGGCUUUCAAAAAUGAUAAGAAAAGGAUUAUAUUCGGGCUUACAUCUCUUUUGGAAACCCAUAACCAAAGUCAAACAAAAAAAACUAGUACAAGAGGUAGACUAGUCGCAUUAAGUGCUAUCACAUUCGCCGGAGGAGUUACUUUGUGCUAUGCUAAGUAUGAUCCAGAUUUUAGAAGUGUUCUUACGGAAUAUGUUCCUUUCAUCGAUCCCGUUAUAGAAACCAUAUUUUUGGAGAAAGACAAAUCAGAUACAAGUAACAUUAUUCAAGCAAAUGAUUAUAAUAAAGGCUCUAAAUGUUAUAUUCCAUCACUUGGCACCAUUAAAGAGAGCACUGGACAUAUUUUAUCCACAACUUAUAAUGGUAUAAAAAAGCCCAUUAGUAGUUUAUUUUCAAGAAGUGAACCAAAUGAAGGCAAAAAUUUCAGCAAGGGCCUUAAGAAUUAUAUUCCAUCAGUUGGUACAGUUAAAGAUGGUACUGGACAUAUUUUAUCCACAAGUUAUAAUGGUAUAAAGAAACUCGGUAGCUUAUUUUGUGAAAGUAAACCAAAUGAAGGCAAAGAUUCCAGCAAGGGCCUGAAGGAUUAUAUUCCGUCGUUUGGCACUAUUAAAGAAGGUACUGGGUAUAUUUUAUUCACAACUUAUAAUGGUAUAAAGAGACCCAUUAGUAGCUUAUUUUCUGGAAGUGAACCAAAUGAAGUCAAAGAUUCCAGCAAGGGCCUGAAGGAUUAUAUUCUGUCGUUUAGCACCAUUAGAGAGGGUACUGUGUAUAUUUUAUUCACAACUUAUAAUGGCAUAAAGAGACCCAUUAGUAGCUUAUUUUCUGGAAGCGAACCAAAUGAAGGCAAAGAUUCCAGCAAGAGCCUGAAUGAUUAUAUUCCAUCGUUUGGCACCAUUAAAGAGGGUACUGGGUAUAUUUUAUUCACAACUUAUAAUGGUAUAAAGAGACCCAUUAGUAGUUUAUUUUCCGGAAGUGAACCAAAUGAAGGCAAAGGCAAACCAGAUUCCAGCAAGGGCUUGAAGGAUUAUAUUCCAUCGUUUAGCACCAUUCAAGAGGGUACUGGGUAUAUUUUAUUUACAGCGUACAAUAUUAUGAAGAAACCCAUUACUAUUUUAUUUUCUGGAAGUGAAGCAAAUGCAGGCAAAGAAAGUACGUGCUCCUUAAUGACAGUUCUCAAUGGUCUUUCAGAACAACUGAAAAUAAUUGGUAAUAUAUUGAAGAAUUCUCGUGAAAAUAUAUCAAAAGACGAUAAAUGGAAGUUAUUGUGUAUGUGGCUGCAAAAUAUUGACAAUAUUUACUAUGCCAUGGAAACAUUUAAUACACCCACUUCUAGUAUAAUAUUGUCACAGUAUCCCAAGUAUUCAAAAGAUUUAAGCAAACUGAUCAGUAGUAGUAUAUCAAAGGAAGAAGAUUAUUCCAAGGUCGUCACAGUGUUGGCUUGUGCAACUGUGAUUUCUAUUCAGUUGCUCCUUAUUGCUUAUUUCAAUGUGCCUUUCACUGGCCAGCUGGAAAAUAUUGCUUUUUCUGCGUUUAAUGCCACCUUACUAAAGGACAAUCCAAAAUUUCAAGAGCUAUUGGAGGUGUCCAUGAAAACCAUACAAAACUAUGUUCCGAAUAAGAUACAAUCAACAGACUGGCUAUAUUACGUUAAUGUAAUGAAUAUGGCUUAUUCGUUUUUUACAUUAGCUGCUAGUUACGUCAAGUAAUGGAAGUGAAUUUGUAAAUUAAAGCAAAAAUGUUUGAAACAGUAUCUAUCUAUAAGGUAUACAUUUUUAUUUACUCUUU